AUGACCGACCCGACCCAGGGGACCAAGCCCACUAACCGGCAUACAGGACCCGACCACUUGGGGAGGAUUAAGGGAAUCGAUCAACAUGAAUAUACACACAAGCCACCUCUAGAACAUACUAAAACAAACAGACGUUCAUGGGUGACAACGCGGCGCACGUACCAUACCCUAAGGUUAAAAAAAGACCCCAACGACCGGGUCACGGUGUGCCAACAGCCUGGACAAGGGGAACACACACAAGAAGAUAUACUUACCCUGACUCUAGUAGCUUCACCACACAUGACAUGCCACAUCAAAGAAACUACCAGGGUCAAAGCAGAACGUUACCCUCACAUGUUACCUGAUAACCACACAGGGAAGCUAAGUCAAUACACCCCACAAACGAAGGGACACGGUCCUCCCCCAACCACACGGACACACACACACACGCCGACAUCUAACGGCUUAGGGUACCCACACGCUACUACACUCACCACCUGA